UAAUAUAGUAUAAACUAUGUCUUAUUUUUUUUCUUAAAAUUAGUAUGCUGUUGAGUGAGUUUUGGUUCCUCCUUCUUCGUUCUGGUUUUCACUUUUGUUGUUGUUUCAGUUGCAGAAACAAACAAAGGAGGCUUCAUUCCAUCUUUUUCUAUAUAUAUGCCCUCCUUUAUGUAUGUUUCUGUAUGAUUUGUGAAGUGGGGUUUUGAUGUUUUUGGCUUUGGAAAAAAUGGAGAAGUGGUGUUUUCUUGUUGUGCUCUUUGUUCUGAUGUUUGGUCCGUGGGUUAAUGGAGGAAUGGCCAUGGCUUACAGAAGCCAAGAUGGAACAGAGGAGUGGGGAUAUGUAGAAGUCAGACCCAAAGCACACAUGUUUUGGUGGCUUUAUAGAAGUCCGUACAGAGUUGAAAGCCCCUCCAAGCCAUGGCCAAUAAUUCUUUGGUUGCAGGGAGGACCCGGUGCUUCAGGAGUUGGCAUUGGGAAUUUUCAAGAGAUUGGGCCGCUUGGAACAGAUUUGAAGCCCAGAAAUUCUACAUGGUUGAGAAAAGCAGAUCUGUUGUUUGUGGAUAACCCGGUUGGAACAGGAUACAGCUUUGUGGAGGAUACAAAGCUGUUGGUGAAGACUGAUGUAGAGGCUGCAGUUGAUUUGACUACAUUGUUGAAGGAGAUUUUCAACAGGAAUGAGAGCCUCCAGCAGAGUCCUCUGUACAUAGUGGCAGAGUCUUAUGGAGGAAAAUUUGCUGUCACUCUUGGAUUAGCAGCUCUGGAAGCCAUAGAAGCAGGAAACUUGAAGCUUAAACUUGGAGGAGUAGCAUUGGGAGAUAGUUGGAUCUCCCCAGAAGAUUUUGUGUUCUCAUGGGGUCCUCUUCUCAAAGACGUGUCAAGGAUUGAUAACCAAGGCCUACAGAAAUCAAACAGUUUAGCUAGGAAGAUUAGGCAGCAGCUGAUUGAUGGUCAGUAUGUUGAUGCAACAAGUUCAUGGAGUGAACUGGAAGGUGUGAUCAGCCGAAGCAGUAAUUCUGUGGACUUCUACAAUUUCUUAUUGGAUUCCAACAUGGAUCCACUAUCCUUGACUUCUGUGGAGCUAAGGGAACAAUUUGCAAAGAGGAGAUAUUUGAGAUAUCUCGACUCCCUGAGGCUUUCUCCUGGUGGGGAUGUUGAUAUUGACACCUUGAUGAAUGGUAUCAUUAAAGAUAAGCUAAGGAUUAUUCCCAAGAACGUAAGUUGGGGAGGGCAGUCUGAUCUUGUUUUCAGUACUCUCUCAGGUGACUUCAUGAAACCAAGGAUUAAAGAGGUUGAUGAGCUGCUAGCAAAAGGGGUGAAUGUGACCAUAUAUAAUGGACAACUUGAUCUCAUUUGUGCAACCAUGGGGACUGAAGCAUGGGUUGAGAAGCUCAAGUGGGAUGGGCUGAAGGAAUUUUUGAGCAUGAAGAGAACUCCUCUGUAUUGUGGGGGAGAGGGAGGCACAAAAGGGUUCACCAAGUCAUACAAGAAUCUGCAUUUCUACUGGAUACUUGGAGCUGGCCAUUUUGUACCAGUGGAUCAGCCCUGCAUUGCAUUGAACAUGGUUGGUGGCAUCACACACUCUCCAAUGGCUUCCAUCUCAUGACUCCAUCACUCCUCCAGGCUCCAUCUUCUUCUUUCACAAGUCACAGCUACACAACCCCCAUAGCAUCACUCCAAUAAUAUACCUAAUACCCCACUGGUAUAGUAGCAGCAAGAGAAGAAUACUACUGGCAUACUACCCCACUUUUUGACUUUCAUUGCAACUUCACUGUUCUUUUCAACCUCUUUUUCUUUCUUCACAUUCCUAAUAGUUUUCUGCCUUUCAUUUAUUGCUCUCUGCCUCUUUUUAUUUAUUUAUUUUUGUUUGGGAUGAUGAUAAUAAAUUUUUUUCUGUAAGAAAAUAUUAUAUUAUACUGUACAACAUCUUGACAACUCAAGCACCCAUUGAGCUGUCACAAUUAUUGUUGACGUAAUGUAACCACCAAAUAUUCAAUUUUAAUUCAGCAAUUCCAUA